AUGCCUUCGAGACAGUCCGCCGUUCCCAAUCUAGAUCUAAGCUCCUUCACUCUACAGGCGAAUGCGAAGAACUCGUCUCCACUUACGCCCGGUGGCCAAAGCUCUGACAGAGCUAGUCCMCUCACACCCCGUUCUCCCAAAUCGUCGUCCAGCUCGCCGUUCUUCAAGGGAGCGACCAUCCGCCCUGUAACACAAGAGUCCAAUAGCAAGUCGAGCAGUCCUACUUUUCCACUCUCCUCUGCUCAAUCUGCGGAACCCACGACUCCUGGUUUCACAGCCAUUCCUCCAUAUCCUCCUUCACCAAGGGAUUCUCCCAAGCACAGUCGCGAACCGUCACGCUCUUUCUUUGCAAACCUCAAGGCGCCGAAAACAGCACACAGAGCCCAACGCUCAGACGGUUCGGGAAGUUCAAGUGACAAGCCCAAGAGCCGGGGCAGUUCCAGGGAUCGCAGAACACAGAUUGCGUCCAAAUCGUACGAGUCGACGCCAGAUCUUCCUGGUACAAUCGAGCGCGCAGCCCAACAGGAAAAUAACAGUGAUACGGUCGAAAGCAAGAACCCUCAACCGCUGGAGACCAAAAAGGUUGGCAACGAUCUUGAGACGGGAAAUCCUGCGAAGAAGAACAAGCCGCGCUUCGCCAAUAUCUUGUCGCGUUCUCGUUCCAUCAGGCUGGACGAUUCCGCGUUAAACAGAAUAGCCAAUCGGCGUCCGUCAGCGACUUUAAUGAAGCUUGAGGAAAGCAGCAAGCAGGAGGCGGAGAUGACCCCCAAGACAGCUACGUCCCGACAAGACCGCGGCUUCAAGGGAGCCGGGAAUGCUGCAGUGCGUACCUAUGCCGUCGAUCGCGCCGGAGAGCCAGGCAGUGGUCAGGUUCGAAAAGAAAGAAAUCAUGUCGGCUCAAUGGUGCCAUCCGCUUCACUAAGUCAGGUGUCAGGCGCCUCUGCUGCGCUGUUUAACAACCUCAAACAGUCUUCCAGUGGUGCUGCAGACAGACUUGGAAAGGCAGGAAAAGGAUUCUUUGGGAAGAUUACCAGGAGCGGCAGCACAAAUGAACGUGAAUUACUCAAUGAUGAUAACUAUGUCUGCUCUGUCAUCAACCUCCCUCUUAUCGAGCAGGCCAGACGGACACGCAUAGCAAAGAAGCUGGAAGACUGCCGAGACAAGACUGAAUUUUGGAUGCCUGCUUUGCCAUAUCGUUGCAUCGACUAUCUCAAUUACAAGGGCUGCGAGGAAGAAGGACUUUACCGCGUACCCGGUAGUGGUAAAGAAGUAAAGCAUUGGCAACGGCGGUUUGAUACAGAACUCGACAUCAAUCUUUUUGAUGAGCCAGAUCUUUAUGACAUCAAUAUAAUUGGAUCUAUGUUUAAGGCUUGGCUACGGGAGCUACCCGACGAACUUUUCCCGAAGGAAACCCAGGCCAUGAUCGCUGAAAAAUGCGAGGGCGCAACCACCGCGCCGCAGUUGCUGAAGGAUGAGCUUUCGAAACUGCCGCCCUACAACUACUACCUUCUCUUUGCAAUCACCUGCCACCUCAACCUCCUGCACUCGUAUGUCGAUCAGAACAAGAUGGAUUAUAGGAAUCUCUGCAUUUGUUUCCAGCCUUGCAUGAAGAUUGACGCCUUUUGCUUUCAUUUCCUCGUAUGCGACUGGAAGAAUUGCUGGCAGGGUUGCUGGACCGAGAAAGAGUAUCUGCAGAUUGAAAGGGAGAUGGACGAAAAGGAGAAGGCCGCAUCUUCAAAGUCUGGAGCUGUUGAUCACUCUUCUCUACCUUACUCGGAUGCUAACGAAAGAGCCAUAUCUUCUUCCGGCAGUAGUCAAGCAGCUGCUGAGGAUGAACCAACGUACCGUCCUGAGACGGCGAAGAACCGGAAACAGAAGCCMAAACAGAUUGAAACUACACACACAAGGAGCAUCUCCCAGCUUCCCGAGCUCGGGCCACCCUUGUCUCCGAUUCAGAUAUGA